AUGGUUCUGCGACUCAGACGGGCAGGCAUCAACACGCAAGUUUUGCAGGUGCUAAACCGGUCCCCCGCUUCCCCCUCUCCUGCAUGCUUUCCACCCACUCCAGCCCCCCUUCCCACUCUCCUGCAUGCUUUCCACUCACUCCAGCCCCGCUUCCCCCUCUCCUGCAUGCUUUCCACCCACUCCAGCCCCCCUUCCCCCUCUCCUGCAUGCUUUCCACUCACUCCAGCCCCGCUUCCCCCUCUCCUGCAUGCUUUCCACUCACUCCAGCCCCGCUUCCCCCUCUCCUGCAUGCUUUCCACCCACUCCAGCCCCCCUUCCCCCUCUCCUGCAUGCUUUCCACCCACUCCAGCCCCCCUUCCCCCUCUCCUGCAUGCUUUCCACCCACUCCAGCCCCCCUUCCCCCUCUCAUGCAUGCUUCCCACCCACUCCAGCCCACCUUCCCCCUCUCCUGCAUGCUUUCCACUCACUCCAGCCCCGCUUUCCCCUCUCCUGCAUGCUUUCCACUCACUCCAGCCCCGCUUCCCCCUCUCCUGCAUGCUUUCCACCCACUCCAGCCCCCCUUCCCCCUCUCCUGCAUGCUUUCCACCCACUCCAGCCUCCCUUCCCCCUCUCCUGCAUGCUUUCCACCCACUCCAGCCCCCCUUCCCCCUCUCCUGCAUGCUUUCCACUCACUCCAGCCCCCCUUCCCCCUCUCCUGCAUGCUUUCCACCCACUCCAGCCCCCCGUCCCCCUCUCCUGCAUGCUUUCCACCCACUCCAGCCCCCCUUCCCCCUCUCCUGCAUGCUUUCCACCCACUCCAGCCCCCCGUCCCCCUCUCCUGCAUGCUUUCCACCCACUCCAGCCCCCCUUCCCCCUCUCCUGCAUGCUUUCCACCCACUCCAGCCCCCCUUCCCCCUCUCCUGCAUGCUUUCCACUCACUCCAGCCCCGCUUCCCCAUCUCCUGCAUGCUUUCCACUUACUCCAGCCCCGCUUCCCCCUCUCCUGCAUGCUUUCCACUCACUCCAGCCCCGCUUCCCACUCUCCUGCAUGCUUUCCACCCACUCCAGCCCCCCUUCCCCCUCUCCUGCAUGCUUUCCACCCACUCCAGCCCCCCUUCCCCCUCUCCUGCAUGCUUUCCACCCAAUCCAGCCCCCCUUCCCCCUCUCCUGCAUGCUUUCCACUCACUCCAGCCCCGCUUCCCCCUCCCCUGCAUGCUUUCCACUCACUCCAGCCCCGCUUCCCCCUCUCCUGCAUGCUUUCCACUCACUCCAGCCCCGCUUCCCCCUCUCCUGCAUGCUUUUCACUCACUCCAGCCCACCUUCCCCCUCUCCUGCAUGCUUUCCACUCACUCCAGCCCCGCUUCCCACUCUCCUGCAUGCUUUCCACUCACUCCAGCCCCGCUUCCCCCUCUCCUGCAUGCUUUCCACCCACUCCAGCCCCCCUUCCCCCUCUCCUGCAUGCUUUCCACCCACUCCAGCCCCCCUUCCUCCUCUCCAAAAUGCUUUUCCACCCACUCCAGCCCUUGGCCGAUUUCCCCCUUUUCGCUAUGCUCUCCACCGCCUCUUUCGCUGCUUUCACAUUUUCUUGGUGGAGGUGGUGUUUGCGGGCACGGCAUGUGAUGCCAUCCGGAGCAGCGCGCAGCAGCUGCUGCAGCGACUAGCAACGACCUCUAAGGAUGCAUUUAACAACUUUGAGCUGGCAGUGGCGAGCGAUGAGAAUUAUACCAUGCCGCGCGAUGGCACUAGGCAUGCGCUCACCAGCCACGUGGUGAACAACUUCAACUAUCUCAAUGACGGCUUCCAGCCCACCAUGCAGUCACUCUUUGGCGCUGGCAGCAACAUCUUCAGUGACAAUAUGAAGCGGGCCUUUGCGGUGCUUUACACAAACCUGGUGGAGAGGAAGAGCAAGCAGUAUGACAAUGCGGCGCUCAGUGAGUUCUUCCUCAUGAACAACGCUCACUACAUCGUGGAGCGUGUCAUCAAUGGCAAUCUAAAGGAUGUGGUGGGGGAGGAGUGGAUAUACCAGCAGCGGGGCAUCGUGGAGAAACAUGCCAAGGCGUGCAGCACAUCCAAGGCGUCUCAAAAGUUGCAACUCUCCCUCUCCCUCGCUUACGCUUGCCAGAUUUUUGAGCUACUGAAGCCGGAAGGGCCAUCAGAGGAGGGCAUGGAGGGCAUUGCGCGCCGCAACACUGUCAAAGAGAAGUGGGCAGUCUCCCUUCACUCUCCUUCUCCCUCUCGUCUCCCUCUCCUCUCCCUCUCCUCUCCCUCUCCUCUCUCCUCUCCGUCUCCUGUCCCUCCUCUCUCCCUCUUCUCUCCCUCCGCCUCUCACCUCCUCUCCCCCCCGGAUUAA